CGGACUCUGAAUUUAUUGCCAAACAUUUAUUACUUCAAUCAUCGGACUGAACAAAUAUUUUCAGUAUUUUCGUGUUUUUUGGACAGAAAAUAUCUAAUUGGCCGUAUUUCGAGUUCGGUAACGCUAUUAAUUUCAAAACUUUAAUUCUUGUAAUGAAUACCGCGAUGAAGGUACAGUAUAUUGUCGUGACGAUAGGAUGUCUUUUGAUUGGAAUUCCCGCAGAUGAUAAUUUCGAGUGUCGUAAAAUAGAUUUCAAUAAAAUUAAUUCCGUUAAUAUGUUCGACCAGUGUUCUAGUGCUAGUGACUUUACGAUUACAUCAUAUGAAGAUAAUCCUACUGUUCCUAAUUAUCUCGAUGCCUUGUAUUACUUAAGCAAUACUCAAGUCGGAUGGUCAUGUAUUUCUACCAUAGAUCAUUUUACAUUGGAAGCGGAUACCGAAUUUUCCACAUCAAUUUUUUUGCAAUCUUUGAUUAUUGACGACAUGUCGCAUGUAGAGAUAGAUGUAACUGAUCUUGAUGAUGGAGAGUCAGUUUUUCCUGUUAUAAAUGCUGUAGCUUCGAAUAUGUAUGUAUGGACACCGUACAAUUUCAAGGUCGGAAGGAAUGUUGCAAAUGCUAAGAUCAGCAUACGUGCUCUUGUCACAGCUCAAGCAAAGUUGGCGAUUCAAUAUUUGCACAUUCUUAAUCCGAGAAUUGAUGAGGCUUUGUGUGAAAUAGAUGAUGAAACUACAACAGAAGAAACUACAACAGAAGAAACGACAACAGAAGAAACUACAACAGAAGAAACUACAACAGAAGAAACGACAACUGAAGACACGACAACUGAAGAAACGACAACUGAAGACACGACAACUGAAGACACGACAACUGAAGAGACAACAACCGAAGAAACAACAACCGAAGAAACAACAACCGAAGAAACAACAACCGAAGAAACGACAACCGAAGAAACGACAACCGAAGAAGCGACAACUGAAGAAGCGACAACCGAUGAAACAACUGCUUCACCAACAACCACUACUCCGACUCCUCCAGAAACAAAUGAAAAUAGAGUCUGGAUAAUUACGUCUUUUGUGUUCCUUCUGACAACAGUCGCUUUAAUGAGUGGCUUCAUUUAUCUAAUAUAUUUGUACAAAACAGCUCUUGCAGCGAAGACCGCUAUGCUGACCGCUGCUGCAUUUCAAUCAACAGCAACAUCAUUGCCAAGGUUGACAGUAGCGACCAGUAGUCAAGGUAAUCAAAUUAUAGUUGGAAUCGAACACAUCAAACAGGGUUAAAUUGUGAGGUAUAAUUAAGGAAAAUUUGAAUAAAUAAAUGUAUGUU